UUAACAUGUCUGAGCCAGAUACUUUAGCCAUAGAGACCAACAAUCUUACUUAUUCAUUUAGCAGUAGUAAGAAAAUUGGGUUAGAAAAUAUCAAUUUGAAGAUUCCAUGGGGGAGUACCAAUUUAUUGAUUGGACCAAAUGGAGCUGGGAAAUCGACAUUAUUGAAGAUAUUAGCCGGGAAGACCUUGAUUAAAAAGGGUUCCUUAAAGAUAGGAGGCUUUGAUCCAUUUGAGUUUUCGAUCAAUAGAAAUGAGCAGCACAACUCUGAUAUUAAUAAUAAUAUUACAUAUCUUGGGACAGAAUGGGCCGCAAAUCCGGUUGUUAAAAGGGAUAUUCCAGUUAAGUUAUUGAUAUCGUCUAUUGGAGGAGACAUUUAUAAUGAGCGUCGAGAUGAGUUGAUUCGAAUUAUGGAUUUAGAUCCGGAUUGGUCCAUGGCAUAUAUUUCUGAUGGAGAAAGAAGAAGGGUUCAAUUGGUUAUGGGAUUAUUGAAGCCAUGGAAGUUAUUAUUAUUAGAUGAAGUUACUGUUGAUUUAGAUGUUAUAGUAAGACUGCAAUUGUUAAAUUUCUUGAAAAAGGAAUGUAAAGAAAGAAAUUGCUGUGUCAUAUAUGCCACCCAUAUAUUUGAUGGUUUAGGUAAGAAAUGGUGUGACCGAGUGAUUCAUUUAAAUAGUGGGAAGAAAUUAGAUGAUAUUGAUAUGAGGAAUAUUGAAUUUUCAAAUAAUUUAGAAGAGGUUCAAGUAAGCAAACAAACCGGAGAAGAUAAUGGGACCCCUACCGAUAGACCCAUCAAGAUCGGGUUAGCGGAGUCAUUACAUCCCUUAGCAUUACGUUGGCUUUACGAGGACUUAAUUGAGAGAGGAUCAAGAGAAGAAGAAAAGAUCAAGAUGGCUCAAAGACACAACGAUUGGAAUAACGCUAGAGACGGUAAGUAUUUCGAUAACGAAUCCAAAUUAUCGGAAUAUUUCAAAGCUACUAGAAAAUACGAAUGAUAUAGAUAAAGGAUAUAUAUAUUUUAUAUUUAGAAAUCAAAUUAAAGUAAUAUACAACGAAAAGAAGGUAAAAGGGC